AUGCCUUUCAUCACCAUUCAUAAACAGCAGGCGACCAACAACGGCAGUCCUCGGAAAUCACUCAACAAGAAGGUAUCCCAGAUCUUCGGCGUCGGAAAGAAUCCUUAUCCAGCCGCGGGCUUGUCGAGGUUGAAACGCGCCGCAUCACGCAUCUUUGAGAAGAUCAUCCGCCCUCACCGUAAGUCCUCGUCACUUCGAUCACGACCGAUCGAGACUACUCUAACGUGAAGCAGGCUCAGAUAUGGACGGGAUGUCUUCGCCUCAUCAUCGGACUGCUCCUCCAACACGGCCAGCGCUUAGCAGCCAUGUCGCCACGGUUCGUGAUGCUUUACGAUCAUCCGAUGCGAGCUGGGAAGUGCCGACGACAUAUGUGCCCCAAAGGAAACGCUCCGUGCGCUUUGAGGGCUUGGGCGUGAACAGCCAGCUGGAUGGUCAGGUCAGCGAGAGAAGGUAUGAGGUGCCCUAUACGAAAGAGCAAUCCCGAAAUACGAUACAUGGCGCAUUCAGACUUCAAGGCUAUAGCAUUGUCUCUCCAAUGGUGCUAAGAAAGGUGCAGAUCGAAGUCAGAGAGUAGCUCACACUCCCGCCUUGAAGCGUUGACUACAAAGCUAGCCAUCACGUCCGCGACAGACACGGUCGUUCGCCGCGCAAAUUCCAAGACGAAGCCGAAUGUGCCAUUUCUCGACACACACGUCGACUUCCUGCAUGAUCAGGUUGCCUUGGACCGCCACUCAUCCCCUAGUACCAUGUCCUCUUCAACACCAUUGCGAGACCCUCGCUCGAUGUGGUCACCAGCCAGUACGGCAUCGACAGGAGCAACAUCCUUCACCUCACCAGGCUCAUCGGGAUCAAAGAACAAACGUCAGACCCCAGAGGACUGUCAGAAUACAAGCAAGACCGUCGCCAAUCCCGGCGAAGAGAAUCAACUUCCACCGAUCGAGGAGGAUAGUGCACGUUUCAUUAUGCUGCCUGUCCAAGAGACAACACUUACCGUUGCACCCUCUGUUACAACUGUCGAGAAUGCUGCAGCAGCCAAAUGUGCUCUGGAAACAUUGUGAGUUGAUGAGCGCGACCCUCUCACUGCCAUUUGCUAAUGAUGCUCGUGCUCAGUCACGCCCAGCUAAUGGAAGCGUCCUCACCUCGAUCGAUUCGGCGCAAGAAAUUUGAGCAAGAGAUGUGCGACGUUGGCAUGCCCCAUGAAGAUCGCAUCGCGGCUCGAGAGAAAUGGUUCAAAGCAGAGAGCGACCACCUGCGACAAAUGCGCGUCCUCAAGGCGUCUUCAAUUGCCCGACACAACGCAAAAGGCAUUUCGAUCGCCGGCUAUGAUACGUUGCGCGUGCUGGGCAAAGGCAGCUUCGGUGUAGUUCGUCUAGUGACCGAAAGCGGUCCGAGGAGUGCAGAUGAAUUGGACAAGGCAAGUAUAACAUUCCGAACUUUGAUUCCAGAGCUUUCUGACGUGUGACAGAACAUCACGCCAAAGUCUGUUCUCGCUGGCAAGCCUCUCUCGGACGUCUACGCCAUGAAGGUCAUUCGGAAGUCGGAAAUGCUUCGAGCAUGCCAAGAAGGGCAUCUUCGCGCUGAAAGAGAUUUCUUGGUUGCUUCCGAAGGAUCACGCUGGGUUGUGCCUCUCCUUUCCAGUUUCCAGGACAACAGCAACCUGUAUCUCGUCAUGGAGUACAUGAUUGGCGGCGACUUCCUGGGACUGCUUCUCCGAGAAGACGUCUUAGACGAAGAGGUGGCCAGAUAG